AUGAAGCAGCAAGAGAAAUAUGUUGGCUUCUCACCUUCAUCAGCUUUCUUUACUUCUUCAGUUAUCACUUGGGAUGGUUCCUCUGCAUUCAUCUUCUCUUCGUUAUCAGCUUUCUUUACUUCUUCAGUUAUCACUUGGGAUGUUUUGUUGAGAUACAAGCAAGAAAAAAUGGAAUUUGGAAGUGCUUCACCUAUGCUUACCAUUUUGUCAACAUUGGCAAUGCUUAAUCUGUUUUGCUUUGUGGGGUUAGUGAAGGAACUGAUCAUAACAAGAGAAGUGGGAUUGACAUAUGCAUUUGAAACUAUGGCUUUGCAAAUUUUGUUGUGUUGGUUUCUGGAAACAAUUGAGCUAGUUGUAAGUCAAAGCGCCACAGAUGAGUCUGAAGUUUCACCAAAUGAUGUCGUUGGUAAGGUGCUAGGAAAAGAGCAUUCUGGAAGGGUAAGGUGCUUGGGGUUAGGAGCUAUCCCGAGUAAAGUUUUUAGACAAACAAGACGUCGUUUUGGAGGUAUAAAUUCUUCCAGUUGUGAUAAUGGUUCAUGUUCGUCCAAAUGCGAAGAGAAGUACAAUCAGAUUGUAAAUGCUCACAAUCAAAGCCAAGAGAAGUACAAUCAGAUUGUAAAUGCUCACAAUCAAAGCCAAGAGAACUAUGCUCAAAUGAUGACUGCACACCUCCAAAUGAUGAAUGCUUUCAAGACAUAUAUGAUUAUGAAAGAAGGGACAAUGCCUGAACAGUUUGCUGGGAUUUUCGUUUCUCCUCCUCCGGCAGCGGGUUUUGGACGAAAUGAGAAAAUGACAAGAAAGGGUACAAGGAGAGGAGCAGGGAAUGAACACAAGAAUGGCGAAAGUGGUGAUCAGAGCUUAGCCAUGGGACCUCGUAAAGCUGUUGAUCCUACGAGCUUGGAAUGGCAGGAACAAUAUGAAGAUCUAGCUGCCCAGCAGUUAGAUUUGGGCGCUAGAUCUGCGUGCGAUCCUCGAUCAGAAAAAAGACGAUUACACCAUCAGUCAAGAGACAAUAGCUCCUCCUCUAAGAACCGUGAUAAUGUGCAGACAGGUCAGGGCAUAUUAGGUCCUAAUCCAUAUCAUGUUGCUAACACUCGUAGUCAUAACUUGCUAUUUCCUAGAUUCAAUGGUGAAAACUUAAAAAAUUGGUUGUAUAGAAUUGAGCAAUACUUUGCAGUUGACAAUACGACUGCUAAUCAGAAGCGAGGAUAUAAUGAUCCGAUGCUAGAAUUGAAGCAACUCAAGCAGACUGGUUCAGUGAAGGAGUUUCAAUUUGCUUUUGCAAGGCUAUUAGCCCAGUGUGAUCUAACUGUGAGCCAAGCUAUAUCCUGUUUCCUUGGUGGAUUGAAAGAGGAAUUAGUAAAUUCUGUUAAGAUGCAUGAGCCUCAGACAUUAUCCAAAACGUAUCGUUUAGCUAGGUUAGCUGAGGCCACCUUAGCAGCCAACGCUAGAGCCUUGAGGAGCCAUACUGCUUCUGUGACAUCUUCUCAUCUCAAAAAGUCCACUUAUGAGCCACCAGCCUUCAAACACAAUCCUACCCCUAGUUCCUCAACUCCUCGAUUAGCUUUACCACCUCCACCUACUGUAAAUGUGGCUAGAAAUAGGAGGACUAUUUCCCCUGCAGAAAUGCAGGCUAGGAGGGCACAGGGUCUUUGGUAUAUCUGUGAUAACAAGUACACUGCUGGUCAUAAAUGUAACUUGCCUAAGCAGAUGUUUGUGAUGGAGGUAGAAACUGUAGAAGAGGAGUGUGAUGAAACCAAGCAACAACAAUCUGAGGAGGGCCUUCCUAAGGAGGAGUGGACAGCUGGUGGAAGUGAUACCCCUAUGAUAUCCUUGUGUGCCUUAGAUGGCUUACAAGGAGCCCAAACUAUUCAUGUCACUGGAUAUAGUGAAAAGAGGCCUAUUCAAAUCUUACUUGAUGGGGGUAGUACUCAUAAUUUCAUUGAUGAGGGGGCUGCCAAGAGGUUAGGGUGCCAGAUAUAUCCCACCAAGGUGAAUCAGGUGAGUCUUGGCAAUAACACCUUGGAAACAACGUCUGGAGUUGUUAAGGGAUUUGAAUGGAUGUUGCAGGGUACCACAUUCUCUUCUGAUUUGCUUGUCUUCACUGUUGUCAAAUAUGACUUGGUUUUGGGAGCACUAUGGAUGAAAACACUUGGGCCAAUUACUAUGGAUUACUCAGAACUUACCAUGGCUUUCAAUUAUCAAGGGAAACAUCACUUGCUGAAGGGAGUAUCUGAGGAUUGUAAGGUUUCUAGUCCAAAAUCCUUGAACAGAUUAAAGGGAGCUGAUGUACAGUUCUUUAUGCUGCAGGUGAGGGAAAGUGACCCGGGCUCAAUUACUACUAUACAGUGUCAAGCCUUGUAUGUGCCUACAGCUGAUAGAACUGCUCUUAUUGAUCAGCUAUUGCAUCAGUACCAUAUGAUCUUUGCUGAACCUACUUCUCUACCUCCACAAAGGGGAGCCUUUGAUCAUAGGAUAACUCUACAGCCUGGUUCAAAACCUGUAAAUGUUAGACCAUACAGGUAUUCCUCUAUUAAAAAAGAUAUCAUUGAACAGUUGGUUAAUGAAAUGCUGCAGCAGGGGGUCAUCCAAUAUAGCAACAGUCCUUUCUCUUCCCCUGUAGUUCUUGUUGGUAAGAAAGAUGGCUCUUGGAGAUUAUGUGUAGACUAUAGGGAGCUGAAUCAGUGUACAGUCAAAGACAAAUUUCCUAUACCUCUCAUAGAUGAUCUGUUAGAUGAAUUGGUUGGAGCUAUAAUUUUUUGUAAGAUUGAUCUCAGGUCUGGUUACCAUCAAAUUAGGAUGUUGCCUGAGGAUGUUGCCAAAACUGCCUUCAAAACACAUUCUGGGCACUAUGAAUAUUUAGUGAUGCCCUUUGGCCUAACUAAUGCUCCCUCCACCUUCCAAUGCCUUAUGAAUCACCUAUUUCAGAAGUUCCUCAGGAAAUUUGUCCUAGUAUUCUUCGAUGACAUAUUGAUCUAUAGUAAUAAUUUGCAUGAUCAUGUGGGGCAUUUGAAGCAGGUUUUUGCUACUAUGGUCUCCCACAAUCUUUUGGCCAAAAAAUCUAAGUGUGCAUUUGGAGUUGCAAGGGUGGAAUACCUAGGACACUUUAUCACUGCUGAUGGGGUCUCUACUGACCCUAGGAAAAUUGAAGCAGUCCAGCAAUGGCCAAUACCCAGGACUGUUAAACAGUUGAGGGUUUUCUUGGGUUUGGCUGGGUAUUAUAGGAAGUUCAUCAAGGGUUAUGGUAUUAUUAGUAGGCCACUCACAAACCUACUCAGAAAAGAUGGCUUUGUGUGGAAUGCUAAAGCUGCUGAAUCCUUUGCAGCAUUAAAAGUGGCCCUCACUUCUGCUCCUGUGUUGGCAUUGCCCAAUUAUGCUAUUCCAUUUGUGGUUGAGACAGAUGCUUGUGGUACAGGUAUUGGGGCUGUUCUUAUGCAACAUGAUCAUCCUAUAGCUUUCAUUAGUAAGGGCUUAGCUCCUAGGCACAUGGCUUUAUCGGUGUAUGAGAAGGAGUUGUUAGCUUUGGUGUUUGCAGUUACUAAAUGGUCUCACUACCUUUUGGGCCAUCAUUUCAUUGUGAAGACUGAUCAGAAGGCUCUUAAGUACUUAUUAGAGCAGAAGCUGCACACUGAUUUGCACAUUAGGUGGUUGGCCAAAUUACUUCCCUUUGACUUUGAGAUCCAGUACAAGAAAGGCAAGGAAAAUGUGGCUGCUGAUUCCUUGUCCAGAGUGACAGGUGCUGAGUUAAUGUCUCUCAUGGUUUCUUCUGUGCAGACUGAUCUUUGUAAGGAAAUACACAAUAGUUGGGUUCAAGAUCCUGAGUUAAGUCAACUUAUUAAUUCCUUGCAGGCUUCACCCAAGAAGCACUUUACUGGGAUAAACAAUCAACUUAGGAGAAAGGGUAAGUUGAUGGUUGGAAAUGAUAUGGAACUCAGGACUAAGCUACUGCAGUUAUGGCAUUCUUCUACGUCUGGUGGGCAUUCUGGUGUGGAUGCCACUACUAGGAAAGUGAUGGCCUAUUUUUAUUGGAAGGGCAUCAGAAAUGAUGUCCUCAAUUUUGUGCGCAAUUGUUCUGCUUGUCAAAGGAACAAAUAUGACACUUCUGCUUCUGCUGGUUUGCUGCAGCCCCUCCCUCUUCCUAUAGUUCCUUGGACAGAUAUCAACAUGGACUUCAUUGAGGGAUUGCCCACAUCUAAAGGAAAAUCUGUUAUUUGGGUCAUAGUUGAUAGAUUGACCAAGUAUGGUCAUUUCAUUGCCUUGGCUCACCCCUAUACUGCUCAGUCCUUGGUGCCUAUUUUCCUGGACCAUAUUUUCAAACUACAUGGCUUUCCUGCUACUAUCACCAGUGAUCGUGACCCUAUCUUUAUUAGUUCUUUUUGGAAAGAAUUCCUUUCUGCCCAAGGUGUUCAUCUCCAUACCUCUACAGCUUAUCACCCACAGACUGAUGGCGAAACUGAGGUUCUCAAUCGAUGUUUGGAGACUUAUCUCCGCUGUUUUUGCUCUGAUUCACCAGCUGAUUGGUGUGCCUUCUUGCCUUUAGCUGAAUGGUGGUAUAACUCCUCCCACCAUUCUGUUAUUCAAACAUCACCAUUUGAACUUCUUUAUGGUUAUCCUCCCCCUCUCCAUCUCCCUUAUCUUCCUGGUGACUCUCCUUCCACUGAUAUUGAUAGCAUUUUUCUCCUCCGCGACUUUAAACUGCAGCUUGCUAAGCAUCAUUUGGUACGUGCUCAGCAGCGUAUGCAAGAUCAAGCCAAUGCCCAUCGCACUGAUAGACAAUUUACAGUUGGUGACUGGUUUUUGUGA